AUGGAUACAAAAUCAUCAGAGAGGUUCCUCCGUAUCCAAGCAACCGCUAGGGCUCAAUCUGACUCCUCGUACUCCUCAGGGGUUGUCAUCUUUCAAAACCAUCAUGUAGAGAUACUGUUACAAGACAAGCAGCGUAGCGGUUCUUCUUCUUGUCUCAUCGAAACCCUAGGCUCCCACCCCGAUCCUUGCCGCGAGGGCUCUACUCUCUACCUCGAUUUCGAUAACUUCACACCGAACUACAUCUUCCGUCGUCUCGCCAAGGAACUGAACGACAGUAACUUGGCCAGGUACAUGAGAGAUUAUAUUUUUGAUGAAUCCCAACGGGGAGACUUGCCGCAGGGGCAACCGCUGCUCAUCACCGUUCUUGUGGAAUCGGCACGCAGAGUGUAUUUGGAAAGGGAGGAGACGUGUGCAAUCUGUCUUGACGAUUUUGAGAGUAAAACCAUGAGCAUGUUUCCCGGUUGCUUCCAUCAGUUUCAUAGAGAAUGUCUUUUGGAAUGGAUCGAGCGAAGUCGAAGAGGCCAUGGCUCUUGCCCUCUCUGCCGCCAUCCUUUUGGAUAA